AUGUCAGAACCAUCGGCGAAGCGCCGCAAGGUCGGUAGCAAUGGUGAAUCUCGCAUAACCGAUCCUCGUUUUGCCAACAUACAAUCUGAUCCCAGAUACCGUCUGCCGAGCAAGAAACAAAAGGUCAAAUUAGACAAACGCUUCGCCCAAAAGUUCAAAGACGAGGAUUUUACCCGUCGAGCUAAAGUCGACCGAUAUGGCAGGCCCAUUCAGUCUGGUGCAGAAGAACGCAGACUGAGGGACAAAUUCGACUUCGAGGACGAGGAAUUAUCAAGUGACAACCCCGACGAUGACGACGAGGUGCAGAAAGAGUUGUCGCGUCUCGAGAAGAGGCACGAUCCGCUGAGGGAAGGCAAGCUGUCCGUAUCUUCAUCAGAUGAGGACAGCUCGACCGACGAAGACUCGGAGGAUGAAGAGGCCAACAUUGAAGACGAGGUUGAAUCGGCUGUACCAAGAGAGGAUGUGCCCACAGGCGAAGUCUCGACCAGGUUAGCCAUCGUCAACUUAGAUUGGGACAAUAUUCGUGCUGAGGAUCUCAUGGCUGUCUUCUCAAGCUUUUUACCCGCCACUGGACGUUUGCUGAGAGUUACCAUUUAUCCUAGCGAGUUUGGUAAAGAACGAAUGGAGCGUGAGGAGAUGGAAGGACCACCAAAAGAGAUAUUUGCAGCCUCUAGGAAGGACAUCGAAGAUCGCGAAGACAACUCAGACCUAGAGGAUGAGGAAGAGGACGAGGACAUCAAAGCCUCAAUCAUCAAGCCCGACGAUGGCUCUGAAUUUGAUUCUCAGGCUCUUCGUCAAUAUCAACUCGAAAGGCUACGCUACUUCUUCGCUGUCCUUUCCUUCUCUAACAAGGCGGCAGCCAAGGCAAUAUACGAUGCUGUUGACGGCACUGAAUACCUCUCUACCGCAAAUUUCUUCGAUCUCAGAUUCAUUCCCGAAGAGAUGAACUUUUCUAACGACAAACCUAGAGAUCAAUGCGAAACCUUACCAAGUGGCUACAAACCUAACGACUUCGUCACUGAUGCUCUACAACACAGCAAAGUCAAGUUGACCUGGGACCAGGAGGAUCGCACAAGAAAAGAAGCACAAGCUCGCGCUUUCAAGGGUGGUCAGAAGGAAGUUGAUGAGAACGACCUAAAAGCCUACCUUGGGUCCGAUACCUCCGACGACGAGGACGAUGGCGGCCACGAAGUACCCACAAUAGCGGAUGUCCAGCCUUCUACACAGUCCAAGAAAGAGCAAGAACGUGAGAAGGCGCGAGCAUUGUUGGGUCUUCCUGCUGAAUCGUCUACGAAAUCGAGCAAGAAAAGCAAAGACGGACCUCUGGGCAACAUUCAGGUGACGUUCUCUUCAGGUCUAUCUGGUCCAGUAGAUGGAGCCACCAAACGUUCCGUCUUCGAGAAUAGUCCAGAACCAGAAGAGACCACAGUCGAGAGAUACAUCCGCAGGGAGAAGGAAAGAAAACAGAAGCGCAAGGAGAAAAUGAAAACUGGCAACACCGAAACAACGACGGAACAAGCUGAAACAGACGUACCAGCAGAGGAGACAGCUCCCAUAGAAAACACAGAACAAGAUGACGCCGGCUUCGACGAUCCUUUCUUCAACGACUCUUCCCUCAACGACCCAGCCGUCAAGAACAAGAUGCGCAAAGAAGAGCGCACAAAGAAGCGACAACAACGAGAACUCGCAGACGCGGCUUCCGCCAAACAGCGCGCAGAGCUCGAGCUCCUCAUGGCCGAAGACGACGCCGAUACUGCUCAAGCCACAGGCGCCGCCAACGGCACUAUGGGUCAAACCGUGCGCCACUUCGACAUGACAGAGAUUGAGAAAGCCGAGAAGCGGAAGAACAAGAAAGACAAGUUCAAGAAGAAGCAUGCGCAGCGAGAUGAAGCUGUUUUGCAAACGGACUUUAAGAUGGAUACGUCUGAUCCUCGGUUCGGUAAACUUUUUGAAAAUCAUGAGUUUGCUAUUGAUCCUACCAACCAGAGAUUGAGAAAGACUACGGGCAUGCAGGAGAUUAUGCAGGAGAGUCGACGGAGGAAGCAAAUGGAUUCUGCGGCGCAGAGCAGCAAGAAGGAGACUACUCAGGGUGCGACCAAGUUGCCAAGAGAGAAGGAUGGCUCUUCACAUCAGGUUCACGAUCUGGUUGCGAAGUUGAAAAGGAAGGCUGCUUAG